AUGGAGCCUGCCUGGCGCUGGGGUGGCGUCGCUGCCAGCAGCGCCUUCGGCGCUGUGGGCGGCGCCCUGGGCUAUGCCGCUGUGGCGGCGGCGGGGCCCGUGGGCGCGGUCGCCGCGAUCGGCGCGGCCGCCGCGGCGGCAGUGUCUGCGGCCAGGCUACGAGCCGCAGCAGAUGCGCCAGCCCCACAAGAAGCUGCCGAUGAGUUGGCCGGGCCAGUGAUCGAGGACGCUGACUCCUCCGAGGAGGAGCCUGCACAGCUCCCAGCAGCAGACGAUGGGCCACGCCCAAUUCAAAUGGCUGCCGCCGUCAGCGAUGCUAGGGCCGAGGCGCCGAGCUUCGCAGAGGAGCUGCUGUCGCAGGGCUCCUUUUUGGAGAGAGUGCGAUUGCUGCAGCGACUGCACGACAGGGACCCCGCAGCCAUUGAGCGGCUGUCUUCCAGCGAGGGCCUGGAGUGCUUCGGCUCCGGCAGUGCCAUGUGCUUCCUUCGCUGCAGCUCCCAGCGCUGCGAGGUGUAUUUCUUGGGCUCGGAGGCAGAUUUCCAGCGCCGUCCGCAGGCUUUUGCAGAGUGCUGGCUACACACCAAUGCUCGAAUUCAAUUGCAACCUCUGGAUGGCCGCAUAAGCCAUGAGGCAAGAGGCCACGUGCACAUGGGCUUCCAGAGCAGUUACCUUGGCGUGGCACAGCGGCUUGGGCAGCUGGCUUCCGCCACGGUGUCCAUCAUGGGCUAUUCUCUCGGCGGUGCCCUUGCAACGCUGGCAGCGCUUGACUUGUGCUGCAAAGGUUUCACCCGGAUCGACUUGAUCACUUUCGGCAGCCCCCGGCUGGGGAACGAGUCUUUCAGGGACUACUUCAACGAGAAGUGCUUGGCGACGGGCGUACUGCGCGUCGUGAGAUUCGCAAACACUCUGGACCUGGUUCCGCAUGUUCCUUUCAACCCUGAAGAUGCCGUCGAUUCCAGCAGGCAAGGUCAGCUUUGGCGAUGUGUGGAGCAGACGUUGCUGGCACGGCUUCCACAGGAGAGACUGACUGGGGACGCAGGCAACUAUGUUCACGUGACGCCUGGGACGGUGCUGGAUGGCCUUUCCACAGGUGUGGCUGGGGUGGUGUCGCGGCUGGCGAACAUUGCAGAGUGGGAAGGCCGGCUUUCGCUGUCCUCACUGCCUGCGGAGUUCAUGAGCGAGCACUGCUUGAGUAGCUAUCUUCGCACGGUGGAGGCUGCACCACGCCCUGCUUGGGUGACCUUGUCGAGCACGUUGUUGGAGUCCAGCCCUUUGCGCGUGGCUAUGCGGAGCCUCCGUUCGUCGGCUCCGGCGGCCGCCGCCCCGUUGGAAGUGGCGACCUCUGCGGGCAUCAGUGCUGCAGGCCUGGUGCUUCCGCAGAUUCUGGGCGCUGCUGUGUCCGCGAUUGGCUGCUACUGCGUCGCCCAGGAGGUCACCCGCGUGUCGCAGCAACUCACCGAGCACGCCAACGAUACCAGCAGGUCUUUGGGCUCUUUGGAGACCCAGCUGGGCCGAGUGGCCAUUGAGCUCCAUAGCGCCCAGCAGAGCGUGCAGGCAGCACUGCAGGGCCUGUCCCAGUCCAUCCGCCAGCAGCGCAGCGAGGAUUUGGCCCGCCGGGCCCGCGUGGCACAGCGGCAGCUGGCAGAGGAGAUGGACGAAGUCUAUCUAGCCCGCCCUAGCGCGGCUCACGCCCAGCUGGUGCGGGAAGGCGCUCGCGAACUUCGGCGUGCUGCUGCAGAGAUCAUUGAGCUGAUUCGGGAGGAGCAGGAUGCGGAACCGGCAGAACUGGCAAGGCUUUGGCUGGUGGCGCUGUCAGCACACCGCCUUGCCUUGUGGUCGGUGGCCAUGGCCGACAGUGAAAACGCGGCUUUGAGGGCAGCACAGGCUUUGUCGCACGUCGCGCCGCUGCUGGGCCGCUUCUUCUGGCUUCACGUGGCUUCAGGCCAGGAAACCUGGCUACAAGACCUGGAGCAGAACCGAGGGAGCAAUUCUUGGCGGUGGCCCUGA